AUGGAACUCGGCACGGAGCCCAAGGAGCUCGGCUCCGAGCCUAAGGAGCUCGGCUCCGAGCCUAAGGAGCUCGGCUCCGAGCCUAAGAAGCUCGAAUCUGAACCUGAGGAGCUCGGCUCCGAGCCUGAUGAGCCGGUUCCGAGCCUAUGGAGCUCGGCUCGGAGCCUAUGGAGCUCGGCACGGAGCCAAAAAAGCUCGGCUCCCCGCCUAAGGAGCUCGGCUCCGAGUCUAAGGAGCUCGACUCUAAAGCUUCUGUGAAGCUUCUAUGAAGCUUUUCUAAAGCUUCUGUAAAGCUUCUGUGAAGCUUCUGUGAAGCUUCUGCUCGGCUCCGAGCCUAGGGAGUAUAAUAUUGAAUCAUUGAAUCCUAAGAAUGAAUCAUUGAAUCGUAAGAUUGAAUCAUUGCAUCAUAAGAGUGAUUCAUAGAAACCUAGAUUGAAUCAUUGAAUCGUAAGAUUGAAUAAUUGAAUCCUAAGAGUGAAUCAUUGAAUCCUAAGAGUGAAUCAUUGAAUCAUAAGAUUGAAUCAUUGAAUCAUAAGAUUGAAUCAUAAGAGUGAAUCAUUGAAUCAUAAGAGUGAAUCAUUGAAUCAUAAGAGUGAAUCAUUGAAUCUUUAUCUUUAGGAUAUCAAUAUCUUUAGGAUAUCAGUAUCUUAGGAUAUCAAUAUCUUAGGAUAUCAAUAUCUUUAGGAUAUUAAUAUCUUAGGAUAUCAUUUUCUUAGGAUGUCAGUAUCUUAGGAUAUCAUUUUCUUAGGAUAUCAAUAUUUUAGGAUAUCAUUUUCUUAGGAUAUCAAAAUCUUUAGGAUAUCAGUAUCUUUAGGAUAUCAUAUUCUUAGGAUAUCAAUAUCUUUAGGAUAACAAUAUCUUAGGAUAUCAUUUUCUUAGGAUAUCAGUAUCAUAGGAUAUCAUUUUCUUAGAAUAUCAAUAUCUUAGGCUAUCAUUUUCUUAGGAUAUCAAUAUCUUAGGAUAUCAGUAUCUUAGGAUAUCAUUUUCUUAGGAUAUCAGUAUCUUUAGGAUAUCAUUUUCUUAGAAUAUAAAUAUCUUAGGCUAUCAUUUUCUUAGGAUAUCAAUAUCUUUAGGAUAUCAGUAUCUUUAGGAUAUCAUUUUCUUGGGAUAUCAGUAUCUUUAGGAUAUCAAUAUCUUUAGGAUAUCAGUAUCUUAGAAUAUCAUUUUCUUAGGAUAUCAAUAUUUUAGGAUAUCAUACAAUCUCUUAGGAUAUCAGUAUCUUAGGAUCAUACAGUAUCUUAAGAUAUCAUACAGUAUCUUAGGAUAUCAUACAAUAUCUUAGGAUAUCAUACAAUAGGAUAUCAUGCAGUAUGUUAGGAUAUCAAUAUCCUAGGAUAUCAUACAAUAUCUUAGAAUAUCAUGUAAUAUCUUAGGAGUGACGAUAUAUAUUAGAAGCAUAAAACUUUUUAAAACGUUUUGAAGAAAUAAAUGUGUUCAGUUGAAUCUAAAUUAUUGUGCAUUUUUAUGCCCACAAAGCCAUGCGCCCUCCACAUUAGAAAAUGCAAAUCUCUGAUAAAAAUUAAUCCUUUAAUUAGUUUCACCCUAACAACACAUAGGAACCGGUGUGCUUUAAUAUAGCUUAAAUUUGUUAAACCUUAUCCGAGUUUUAGUACUUUAAAAACCUAGCACUAAAAUAUAGAUCUAAACCAAGGAUAUGAAAACGAUAAUCUUCAAAUUGCUGUGCUAGGAAUAUAUAGGCCCCCGCGUAACACUGGCGAAAAUUAUUUCAAAACACUGGAAGAUGAGCUAAACCAAUUACUAUCGUGGGCCGCGUCGAAGUGCCAGACAAUAGUGAUCGCAGGGGACUUCAAUCUGGACCGAUUAAGACCAAACGAGCUUGAGGGCAGAUUAUUAAUAGAUCUAGAGGAAAUUUUUAACUUAAAGUGUCUAUUAAUUAAUGAGGCCACAAGAGUAACAGUAAAAACACAAACUCUAUUGGAUGUGAUAUUAACUAACAGACCAGAUCUAUUCGGAUUCGCGAGUGUGACGGAUCUAGGACUUAGUGACUAUAAACUGGUAUAUUCGUUUCUCAAGAAAAGUCCAGCUAAACAACAUGAAGCAAAGGUGAUUAAGUGCAGAAGUACGAAGCACUUAAAUAGGGAGAAACUCUUGCGGGACCUAAACGAUACGAAUUGGAAUGAAAUGUUUUCACAUGAUACUAAUGAACGGUACGCCAAUUGGAAAAGUAGGUUCAUGGAAGUAAUAGACAGACAUAUGCCUGUGAAGAAAAUGAGAGCGAGAAAGAAAGACGUCCCAUACAUGAAUGCAGAAUGGAAAGAGGCAAUACGUAAGAGAAGAAAAUAUGCGAAGAAAUUUAGUAAGGAUAGAAAGUGUGAAACGUGGGAAUUAAUGAAAAGGUGGAGAAAUGAAGCAACACGACUAAGGAGAAAGGCCAUUAAGAGCUACUGGAAUGAAAUAUCACUUGAAUUAAAUGAAAACCCAAGGAAAUUCUUUUCUACGUUUAUGCCAUUCAUUAGUUUAAAGGGACAAAGGGAGACGAACGAGAUCCAUUUGAAUAUUGAAGGCAGAAUAGAACAAGAUCAGCGAAUAGUGGCAGAAGAAUUCGCAGACUACUUUUCGACAGUGGCUAAUGCUAUAGGAGGGGAGGAAGCCACUAAUUUGACUGAGGAGAAAUGCAUAAACCAUCGGAGUAUAGAAAUUAUACGUGCAAGUUUUGAACCAGAUUCGUUCUCAUUUAUUGAAAUUAAACGAGAAGAAGUUCUUAAAGCCCUUAAGGAAUUAAAUCCGCGAAAGGCUACGGGGCAUGAUGCGAUACCAUCUAAGGUUUUAAAGUUGGUGGCAGAAGAGAUAGCGAUCCCACUUACUGACAUAUUUAACCAAGUCAUCAAAUAUUGUGAAUGGCCUCAGGAAUGGAAAAUGGGGGAAUGGAUUCCAGCAUACAAGAAGGAUGAUCAUCACGAUCUAAUUACCGAUCAGGCUAAUUACCGACCAGUAACUAUAUUAAGUAUACUAGAUAAGAUUUUUGAACAGCUACUUUGUCAGCAGCUGUCUCAAAGAUUUGAGAAUAUGUUUGAUCCUUUUAUCUCAGCGUACAGGAAAAAUUAUAGUUGCGAAAUCGCACUCGUUCGUCUGGUCGAGGAUUGGAAGCAGGCAAUGGAUGAAGGGCAAACAAUUAGUAUUUUGUCAACGGAUAUGAGUAAAGCAUUUGACUCGCUGCAUCCCACUUUACUCUUAGCUAAACUCAAAGUUUAUGGUUUCACUCAAAACGCGUUAGAUUUGAUGAAAUCAUGUUUUAAC